UGCGGGCCCGGCGAGCGGCCGGGGGGGCGCGGGGCCGAGCUGCCCGCGGGGCCGGACCUGCGGCACUUCCUGAGAGCCGCCGCCCUGCCGCCGCCACCCGCCGGGGAGCCGCGGCCCGAGCCGGAGCGGGGCGCUGCCGCCGGGCCCGGCAGAGUGUACCUGGAGACCUAUGGCUGCCAGAUGAACGUCAAUGAUACAGAGAUCGCUUGGGCGAUCCUGCAAAAGAACGGCUACACGAGGACAAAGGAGGUGGAUGAGGCAGACGUGAUUCUGCUUGUUACCUGUUCUGUGAGGGAGAAGGCUGAGCAGGCUAUCUGGAAUCGCCUGCGGCACCUCAAGGCACUGAAAGCCCGGCGGCACCAGGAUCGCCGGCCUCUCCGCAUCGGGAUUCUAGGAUGCAUGGCUGAGAGGCUUAAGGAGGAGAUUCUGCACAGGGAGAAGCUAGUCGAUAUUGUGGCAGGUCCCGAUGCGUACCGUGACCUUCCUCGGCUGCUGGCCGUGGCUGAGUCUGGCCAGCAAGCUGCUAAUGUCCUGCUGUCGCUAGAUGAGACCUACGCAGAUAUUCUGCCUGUCCAGACCAGCGCAGGUGGCACAACAGCAUUUGUAUCUAUCAUGCGGGGCUGUGACAACAUGUGUACCUAUUGCAUCGUGCCCUUCACCCGUGGCCGCGAAAGGAGCCGCCCCAUCGCUUCCAUUCUGCAGGAAGUGAAGAUGCUCUCAGAUCAGGGGGUGAAAGAAGUGACUCUUUUGGGUCAGAAUGUCAACAGCUUUCGGGAUAUGUCUGAGGUGCAGUUUCAGUCAGCUGCUGCCCCUGUCCUCAGUCGUGGCUUUAGCACUGUCUACAAAGCUAAGCCAGGAGGAUUGCGUUUUGCACAUCUUCUAGACCAGGUUUCCAGAAUUGAUCCAGAAAUGAGGAUCCGUUUCACUUCUCCACACCCCAAGGAUUUUCCUGAUGAGGUCCUGCAGCUUAUCCAGGAGCGCCACAACAUCUGCAAACAGCUUCAUCUCCCAGCCCAGAGUGGAAGCACACGAGUCCUGGAGGCCAUGCGACGAGGAUACACAAGGGAAGCAUACUUAGAGCUUGUACACCAUGUGCGUGACUCCAUUCCAGGAGUGAGUUUAAGCAGUGAUUUCAUUGCGGGUUUCUGUGGGGAGACAGAAGAAGAUCACCAGCAGACCCUGUCCUUGCUGCAGAAAGUCCGCUACAACGUAGGCUUCCUGUUUGCUUACAGCAUGAGACAGAAAACCCGGGCGUAUCACCGGCUGCAGGACGAUGUGCCCGCAGAUGUAAAGCAGAGACGUCUGGCGGAGCUCAUCGCUGUCUUUCGAGAGGAGGCUGCAAAAGCGAAUGAGGCGAUGGUCGGCCAGUCUCAGCUGGUGCUGGUGGAAGGGCCCAGCAAGCGCUCUGCCUCGGAGUUGUGUGGGAGGAACGAUGGCAACAUCAAAGUGAUCUUCCCUGAUGCUGAGAUAAAGGAUGCGGCAGGCUGCAAGGCUCUGGUCAGAGCCCAGCCAGGGGACUAUGUUUUGGUGAAGGUAACCUCUGCCAGUUCUCAGACCUUGAAGGGAGUUCCGCUUUGUCGUACCACCCUUGGCUGCUCUACAGCUUGACAUCAUCCACUGGCAGCAGGGAUAACUCAGAAGUGGCACGUUCUCCCCAGGAAGAAACAACGAAGUUUGGACAGGUGGAGAAGGGGCAGGAACAGCGAUGUUUUGUAUUUUAUCUAUACAUAUUAGGUAUAUCGACAUUUUGGCUACAACCUGCCCCCUAUAGAUCUGUGCAAGUUUGUAGACAGAAGGGAUGGAAGCUGUGCAUGGAUGCGCCAAAUCCCUUGAAGUGCUGCAGGCCUGGCCUCUAAUGCAGCCCAGCCUGAGCAAUUUAUGUCUGCAGGGCAGAUCAUUCCUAAUAGCUCAGCUGAAUUUAGGAGCUGCAAAAACUGGGAGAACCUAGAAAACACAACUCUAGUAACUGCUGGAGAGUCGUAGGAGAACUGCCAAAGGGACGAACAACUUGAAGAACAAGAUUGUUGAGAAUAACAACUUCCAAAUAAUAACUUCCUCGACUGCAAAAUGUUUGGAAGGGGGAAGUGAGAACUUGCACUGUGCCUUUAUGAUGGAAUGUAACACCAAACUGUGGAAUAUAAAAUGAUGUUUAAUGAGCAUGAGU